CACGAUCAGGCCUGCCUCUUGAUUGGCUGUCUUGAUCGAGAGCUUCUUGAACCUUUUCAAACCCGAGUACGCACUACAGUCCGUGGAAACAGUGGAGGACCGUGCUAAAUCCCAGCGAGCUCCGGUAUUCACUCUGCUGCGCGUGCAGGCGCCCACCACUUCGGGGAAAAAGGCUUAUUUUUGAAAGAGCUCGAGCACUGUGUCGGUUGUAAAAGCCAUUCGUUUCUGUUGUCUCGGAAAUGCAACAUGCGGCAAUAGUAAAUAGAGUGCUAUUAAUUCGUUUUUUAUAAAAACGUUUCCAAACGCAUAUUUAUGUUCGAUUUGAAGCAGAAUUGUUAAUCAUUUUUUAUGAUUUCUUUCAUACGUGCAUAACAGGAUUUACACAUGCAAUGUUGGAAUGCGGAGGAUUCCUCUGACAGUUCUCAGCGCAAGGGAUACGUAAUGGAGCUUUGAUCGGUAAACAUCCACUUGUUUUUUUGUCGGGAUCUUACCAAUAUUUACACGUUAUAGACACAAUUUAUGAACAAAUGCAAAGAUAAAGAAUAAUUGCAAAUACCAAGCGCGAGUUAUUUUUUUGAACGACAGGUGAGGGUGUACUGCCUGCUGACACUUCUGAAUGGUUGACGUAGACAACAUCGCAUUUUCAUUUGAUUCAUUCAACUUUUUGAUCCGAGGUGCCACCUUUAUUUCCGUAUCAUGUAUUCACAUUUCAAUACAAUUCCGCAAUUGAGACUCGGUUAGUUUAGCCUAAACAUCCAGCUUACUGCCCUCCUUAUAUCUGACCGAGGAGAAAGCACAGACCGCGCUGGGAGACAUGGCUAAAAACCUGUCGGAGGGACCCAAGGAGCCAGACCUGAAUCAGCUACCGGAUGAAGAGCUGCUGCGAUGCGGCAAGGAGGAGCUGGUCAAGCGCCUUCGGAGGCUGGACAACGAGAAGAUGAACCUAAUGAUCGACCACGGUAACAUGAUGAAAGACGUUAACCGGAGGCUGCAGGUGCACCUGCACGAGAUCCGCAACCUGAAGGAGAUCAACCAGAAGCUCCAGGACGACAACAACGAGCUGCGCGAGCUCUGCUGCUUCCUGGAUGACGACCGGCAGAAGGGCAAGAAGCUGUCCCGGGAGUGGCAGCGGUUUGGCCGGUACUCCUCAAGUGCCAUGUGGAAGGAGGUGGGUACCUACCAGCUAAAGCUCAAAGAGCUCGAGACCAACCAGGAGAGGGUGGUGCGGGAGAACAUGGACCUGAAGGAGAUCAUCCUCAUGCUGGAUGAGGAGAGGAACGGAGUCGGUUCCCGGAGCUCCAUAGACUCCCAGUUCAGCCUCACCAACCUGAAUGGCGGGACUGGGACAGUUCGGGAUGUCGGGGAUGGCAGUAGUACCUCCAGCACUGGGAGCGCAGGUAGUCCCGACCACCACCACAACCACAACAGCCACAACCACAUACACAAGCUGCCCGCGGAAAGGGAGGGCAAGCUGGGAGGCACCUUCCAGAGGAGGUCCAUGGAUGACCUGUCAGCACCACACCAUCACAGGAGCAUCCCUAAUGGACUCUGUGACUCCUCCUCCUCUAACUACAUCAGAGAGCUGGAGAUCAAGAUGAGGAUAUUGGAAGACGACAACAGCAAGCUUUUAACUCAGCAGCAGUGUAACCCAGGGGACCUGCGUGUCCUGAGGAAGGGGAUGACCCUGUACCACUCUGAGUCUCAGCUGUCAUCCCUGCCACGACGCCAAGAUGCACUGCACAACGGCACGGUUGGUCGCCUCCCCACCAGUGAGUCAACCCCGGUAACAGGCUACCUGCCCUGUGUUCAGAAACCAGAGUCUGUGGUCCACGCUAUGAAGGUGUUGGAGGUGCAUGAGAACCUGGAUAAGAAGCAGGGCCCAGAGGACUACGAGGAGGAUCUGAGUGAGAAGGAGAAGGCCAUCGUCAGAGAGAUGUGUAAUGUGGUGUGGAGAAAGCUGGGCGACGCAGCAGGAGCUAAGCCGUCCAUCAGACAGCAUCUCUCUGGCAACCAGUUCAAAGGCCCUCUGUAGUCCACGGCAACCAGAGAGGAAGACGAACUAUGCUCACCUGACACCACCUCCACUCCU